AGCAAUGCUGACUCGGAAUGGUGGCGCAAGUUCGCUACCUUUCUACUCAACCCCUACUUCUUCAACAACAGUAUUGAGGAUACCCCUGUUUAUCCCCAGAUCAUGUCUUUCACCACGCAUCUUCCUCUCCUGCAUCCUCCUCACCUUCUGUCUCUCCUGGCUCAUGCUUUAUUCAUAUUCGCAUCUCUCUCUUGGCUUCGCUUCAUCCUUUGCACGAGACAAUGCAGAAUGGGUCGCAUUGGAGCAACUCUUCAACGACCUCGGCAACAAAAACAAGAAUCCUUCUACUACUAAAAUUAAAACAACAACGGCCAUACGAUGGUCUAACACAACAUUGACUUCUCGGUUUAACUGCCAGUCUACAGCCUCAAUACUUCCAUCUGUACGUGGAUCAGGAUACAACCGAGAAACUAUUUGCACCGUCCAGAACUUGUGUGUCGAUUCAGAACGAGGUGCAUGGAUCAACCCCGCAAAAGAUGCAGGUGAUUUUCCUAGGAUUAAUGUGGUGGCUGCUGAUCCGGGAUCAGAUGCUUAUUAUCGUCCGAUGGUACUGGACCAUUUCCCUGCUGCGUCCUACCGACUAGUGGACGAGACAAUCUUUUUAUAUGGGCGCGAUCCAACCAAUGGCCUCAGCUGGACCAUGAAUAACCUCUUACCUCUCCACAGUGUGAUGAGUAAUUAUGGUGGAUCGCAGUCUUCAUGGUUUAUGCGUGUAUCGGGAGAGGAGAACAAUGGCAAAGAUCGGAAAAGGCAAUAUCGAACGCUAUACAACUCUGAACAGGAUCCAGACGUUUUUUUACUGGCACCUCAGGGACGUGAAAUUGUCUUGGAUCCACCCAAGGGCAAACCUCUUGCGCACUAUCAAAUUAGCUCACCUUCAAAAUCCUUUCCAACGUGCUUCACCAAUGCCGUGAUCGGACUGCAGUCCAGAUGCACACGGCCGUUCUGUGAGAAUCUAGUCGGAGGAAGUGAUCUAACAGAGUCAUUGAGAACCAAGGCACUGGAUGCCUUGUCACCCUCCAUGGUUCGUUUUCAAAAGCCUGAUCCCGACAUUGUCCAUCCACCCUCAGGAGAGAAUAUUGCAGUCGUUUCGUCUGACAAUCUCACUCUCAUCGCUGGCGAGACCGCGCCACGAGCCAAAAUUCAGGUUGGACUUCUCGGUCGUUAUGGUAAUACUAGUAUCCCUAAUGCUAAUCUUCUUGAGCUGUCUCUGCUGGCCAGGGGCUUUGAUGCCAAGACGAUCCACUUGGAUCGACCCUCAGAAAUCAGUUUGGGUCAGGCUGCACAGCUGUUCAGAAACCAAAGUAUUCUCGUGGCUCCUCAAGGUGAUGGUCUUGGCUAUGCGGGCUGGAUGGCCCCAGGAACUGUGGUGAUCUCAAUUCUACCACGGUUCACUAGGUCAAGUAAGAUUUAUACGGAUCGGAUGAUGGCUUUUGGGAAAAGGUUUUUCGCUUGGGACUGUCAAUAUGAAAGUUGUGUCCAGCCUGACCGUGAUCUGGCGCAUGAGUGUAUUGAGGCAGUUCAAGAUUUGUAUAACCAGGAGUUGGGGAUUACUCCGCAGGAGUUUGAAGAUUUCGUUAGUAUGAAGGAGGACUUUCGAAAACGCUCUAUGUCCUGGAAAGCAAUUGCUGACUGCUACACUAGGGAUGUCAGCCGAAGGCUGGAUGUGGAAGAGUUAGCGACUCUGAUCGAAGGACUAGCCAAGGAUUUUACGUUCGUAUCGCCUUCAGAGAAAGAAGGAGCCAAUGACGAGAAGAGGGGAUUAAAGAAACGUCAGAGCGUGAGCGAGCACAAUAUAGAAGAGGAUGUGGGGGAAGAUGAGGAAGGUGAGGGCCAGGAUAUAGGAGAAGACGAUUCUAUGACAACGACUGAUGGGUCCAAGGGGCUGACUGGGGAAGAUCUGGAGGGAAGCGACGAGGAAUCAUCUCCUGGAAACGAGGGGGAGGGAGGGGAAGAAAGUGGGGAGGAAGAUAUCAAUGUUCACCCGUAUGAUCCGAUUCCACAUGAGCGGAAGCCGGAAGAACCAAGCGAUGGCAAUUCAGAAACAUCAAUAAAUGAUAAGGAGAACCUAUUAUCACCAGCAGGGAGCCAACAGCAAGAGAAGCCAGAGCAGCCAGCACCCUCGACCGCUGGCCCUAAAAUAAUUUUAACGCCAUCUGGCGCAACUCCUGUGUCUCUGCAACAUCAAACUGUUCGGCCUAUGUUUAGCUUUGCAGAAUUCUGUAGACAAGGCCAUUGCUGCGGGUCGGUCAAGAUGAAUGAACAAGACAUUAGCAACGUUUCAAAUAUGGCAGAAGCAAAGGAAGACCAAUCUAAGAGCCUUUUGACGCCUUGCGCAGCCAGCAUGUCAAGGAUUGUCUUUGGUCCCAAGGGGGUUUGGGGACUUGCAGAUGAACCAGUUUCUAUAUACGAAAGCCAACGUCUCAUUUGGGAAAUAGAUCUAGGUCGUGGACAGCGAUCAUAACGCCAUAAAAAAAAAUAAGAUAAUGACAAUG